CGAGCCCUACUCGAGACAUGCAUUUUGCAGCGCUUGCUAUCCUCUCGUCCUUGGUAGCCUCUGCUGCGGCUCACACCCGCGUCUGGGGUGUGUGGGUAAACGGUGUCGACCAAGGCGACGGCAGGGACAUCUACAUCAGGUCUCCGCCGACCAACGAUCCUGUCGUAAACUUGACAGACCCUGCGAUGGCUUGCAACGUUGACAACCGAGUCGUCCCGCAGUGGGUAUCUGUGAAGUCUAAUGAUUCGCUUACUUUCGAGUGGUAUCACAAUACCCGCGACGACGAUAUCAUUGCUAGCUCUCACCACGGCCCGAUCGCGGUGUAUGUUGCCCCCGCAGCCUCCAACGGCAGUGGUCCCGUUUGGGUGAAGAUCUUCGACGACACGUACACCACCAGCUGGGCCGUCGACCGGCUCAUCACCGCGCACGGUCAGCACACGGUCAUCGUGCCGGACAUCCCAGCAGGCGACUACCUCUUCCGCGCCGAGAUCAACGCUCUCCACCAGGCCGACGUGCUCUACGACCAGGACCCGCUCCGCGGCGCGCAAUUCUACAUUUCGUGUGCGCAGAUCACCAUCACCCCAGGCGGCGACGAGACGCUGCCCGCGGGAAUCGCGCUCCCGGGCGCGUACACGGACAGCACGCCGGGCAUCGUGUGGAACCUGUACAACGGCUCUGACCCAACCGAGUACGUUGCACCUGGCCCGCCCGUCUGGACCGAUGCGCUUGGCGGGUCAAUCGCGCUUGUGGGUAUCCCUGUCCUGCCGAACACGACCAGCAGUGCGGGCGUGGCUCCCACGGGGGCUGCUUGAAUGGGCUGGGGGCGAGAGAAGUUGUGGGGCAGUUCUUAGAGGUAGCUGAGUAAAGUUUUUGAAGCACUGUACCUCGCCUUUUGUGAAUUUUAUAUCUGGACUAUCU